GCAUUUAACCUUUUAAAGUCAUCAACAAUACAAUAUUUUUUCAUAAUCUGAUACCAAAAAGCGCAUUCUUUUUAUUCUUUUCCUUCUUUUUCAACCCAUCCUCCAACAAAGACUUGCAGCAACACACCAGCUUUAAAUCAUAAGCCUUCAACCAUUGAUAAACAUCUACAACAGACAUUACACACAUACACACCAUAACACACAUACAGACACACUUACAUACAUACAUAAAUACAUACAUACAUACAUACAUACACACGCACGCACACAUGUUGACAAAAAAUGAAGGCAAAACAUUCACAACACUUGACCAAAGUUCUAUGCCCAACUUCAAUUCCUCUUGGGUCAAUUACAAAGGUGCAUGGUUUACAACCAUCUUUGUUGUCGUUGGCUUGAAAGCCUUAUUUACAGUGAUACCUUUUAUUUCACCGGAAGCAAGUUGGACACUCACCAAUUUGACCUUCAACUUUGGUCAUUACAUCAUGUUCCAUUGGGUGCAAGGCAUUCCCUUUGACAACAAUCAAGGAGCUUACGAUGGAUUAACUUUAUGGGAACAAAUUGACGGAGGAGUGCAAUUCACAGCCACUCGUAAAUUCUUAACAGCGGUGCCUAUAGCCUUAUUUUUGUUGAGUACACAUUACACACACUAUGACUUUUUUUUAUUCUUCAUCAACUUUGCGUCCUUGUUAGUGGUUCUUAUUGCCAAGUUACCCGUCAUGCAUAGAGUACGCAUCUUUGGUAUCAACGCACUGGACUAUGAAAUGGAUUAACAAGGAACGGGAGAGGAGACCGCAGAGACAAUUUUUCUUUAUUAGAACUGGGACGUACGUAUAACAAGAAAAUACAAAAAAAGUGUGAAUACCGCCCAUCGAUCGAACCACGCUUCUUUGACUACGUUUUAUGUAUUUAAAUAUCUAUGCUCAUCCAUAUUAUCCAAAGCAGUUCAUCCUAUUACAUCUACCCUCCUACCCACACACACACACACACAUACACACACACCCUCUGCCCGCUCUUUCCCUCAUCCCAUUGAACCUUUCUUGGUUUUUUUUUUUUGGUUUUUUUU